CCGAACAAAAUUAUUCCUUGUUCAUCUAACCUCAGAAAACCCCGCCGCCGUCCAAGCCGCCGUCCCCGCCGCCGCUCUCCUCGAAUACACACUAGAGAUUUUUGAUACUGGAGAUCGAAGCUACUUCGCCUGCCUCAUGGAGAAGCUUCGGAUCCACUGGAACAGCUCUGUGGAAUGGAAGCCUUCCGCGGUGGUGGCACUCGCCACCAGCGCCGACGGCUUGCGAGUGGCGGCGGCGCGGGAGGAUGGUUCCGUGGAGAUAUGGCUCGUUUCCCCUGGCUCCGUCGGAUGGCAUUGCCAGCUUACGGUCCAAGGAGUUCCUUCCUCGAGAGUUUCGUCAUUGGUCUGGUGCUGUUCGAGUUUGAAGAGCGAAGGCGCUGGACGUUUGCUAUCUUCGAACAUAGAUGGGACGAUAUCAGAAUGGGAUUUGUACUCGCUAAAUCAAAAGGUCAUUUUAGAUUCCAUCGGAGUGUCAAUUUGGCAGAUAUCAGCUGAACCAUCUGUUGAUUUUAUGCAUCCAGAUGUGACUGAUUCCAAGCUUGUAGCAAAUGGUCACACCAGUCAUGAUGCCCCAAGUGAUUGUGAAUCUUGCCUUAAUGAUGGUGACGAUGAAUAUGAUGAACUUGAUCAUCCAACCACAAAAACUGAUGGUCAACGAUUGGUUCUUGCUUGUGAUGAUGGUUGUAUUCGUAUGUAUAAGAUCUCUGAUAAAGAUGGGUUUAUUUACAGCAGAAGUUUCCCCCGAGUUAGUGGGCGCAUUUUAAGUGUUACAUGGAGCCAUGAUGCAAAGUUUGUAUUUUCCGGUAGUAGUGAUGGGCUAAUAAGGUGUUGGGAUGCUGCAUCUUUCCAUGAAAAAUAUCGCAUUACUGCUGGGCUUGGAGGCUUGGGCAGUGGCCCUGAACUUUGCAUAUGGUCAUUGCUCUUCUUAAGGUCUGGCACCCUUGUCAGUGGAGAUAGUACUGGGAGUGUUCAGUUCUGGGAUGGUAACUAUGGGACUCUUAUGCAAGCUCAUGCCUACCAUAAGGGUGAUGUGAAUGCUUUAGCCACUAUUCCUAGUCAAAACCGAGUGUUUUCUGCUGGUUCAGAUGGACAGGUUAUUCUUUAUAAGCUCACUGAAGAGAUGAGCAUAUCAGAAGAAAAGGGGAUCUGUCAAGAAAAACUGUUUAAGUGGAUCUAUGUUGGAUAUAUAAGAGCUCACACUCAUGAUGUAAGGGCCUUGGCAAUGACAGUACCAAUUAGCAGAGAAGAUAUAUCACCUGAGGAAAAGAUAGUCAAGGUACGUCGCCAAGAGAAACCUGUCGAAUUUAGUUAUCACAAAUGGGCACAUUUAGGAGUUCCAAUGCUCAUUUCUGGAGGUGAUGAUGCCAAGUUGAUUGCCUACUCUGCUAGAGAGUUUACUCAAUUCUCACCUCAUGAUAUAUGCCCAGCACCUCAACGACCAUUAAUAAAACUCGUGAAUGAUACAGUUUCCGAUGGGGAUUCAAUGAUGCUUGUUCAACAAUCCUCUGGCUGGAUAGAUGUUUUACAGGUCAAGUUAAUUGGUAAGAAGGUAGUGACACAGCUUCUUGCUCGAGUGAAAAGCAAGGGAUCCAGUAAAAUCAUAUGCAGUGCAAUAUCUAGUUCCGGAAUGCUCUUUGCAUACUCUGACCAGAAAAAACCCUGCCUUUUUGAACUCAAAAAGGCAGAAGUCGGGAAAAGCAAGUGGAUCAUCAACAAAAUACAGUUGCCUAAAAGACUGCCAUAUGCACACUCUAUUAUUUUCAGUGCUGACUCCUCAUACCUUAUGCUAGCUGGGCAUGAUAGGAAAAUAUAUGUGGUUGAUAUAAAAGGUUUGGAGCUUGUAGACACAUUUGUUCCACAGAGGAAGUUGGAUAGCAUGAAUUUACAACCGGAUGAACCUCCUAUGACUAGAAUGUGUACAAGUGCAGACGGGCAGUGGUUGGCCGCCAUCAAUUGUUUUGGUGACAUCUAUAUUUUUAACUUGGAGAUAAACAGGCAACAUUGGUUCAUUUCUAGGAUGAAUGAUGCUUCCAUCACUGCUGCGGAUUUUCCUCCAAAGAACAGUAAUGUAUUUGUUGUCACAACGUCUAGCAACGAAGUCUUCAUCUUCGAUCUAGAAGCAAAACAGUUAGGCGAGUGGUCAAAACAGAACACAAACCACCUUCCUCGAAGAUUUCAAGAAUUUCCAGGAGAAAUAAUUGGUCUUUCCUUUUUGCCUUCCUCUUUAUCAGUCAUCAUAUAUAGCUCAAGGGCGAUGUGCUUGAUUGACUUUGGAAUGCCGAUCGUUCAAGAAGAGAAAGUCCAGAUCGGUUUAGAUCCAUCAUCAGACAAAAAUGAACGUAACAAAACUAACUGGGCAAAGAGGAAGAGAAAAUCUCAUGAACAGAAGUCUUCCAAUACUAAGAACUUUGAUUUUUUUGUAUUCAAAGAUCCUGCCUUAUUCGUUGGACAUUUAUCGGAUAAUUCUCUCCUGCUGAUGGGCAAGCAGUGGCUGGAUGUUGCCAGGAACUUUGACGCGCCCAUACAUAGACACAUAUUUGGAACAUAAACAGAUUGAGCUACCGUUUUCGGAAACAAAAUGCGACCUCCCUUGCCUGCCAGAUGCUAUUUCUCGAUCCACGUCAGGGUUUUUGUACUGUAUUUUGUAAAGUAUCAAUCUGCAUUACUAGUGCUCGUCUGUUUACUGCUAAUGUUCUUUUUCUUUCUUUUUCUUUAAGAGGCCAUUAAUGAUUGUUUAUGUAAUGUCGCUGACUAGUGAUAUAUCUCUUCCUUUUUCCUCUGUUGCUCAAAGGCAAGAAUAUAUUGUGAAAUGUCUCAUAAA